UAUGCUCCUCCCCUAUCCUCUCCUCAAUUUCUUCCCUCUUUAUAUUCCUUCUGAUCUCCUUUUCUUUUGAGACAACUGCACACAACAUCGAUCCAUAACCUUAAUUAACUCCGCCCCUUUUCUCCUUUACAUCAUCAUUAAAAUCAUCAAAUAUUUUCUCUUGAUCACGUUGUUCGCUUUAUGGGGUCGAGGAGGAUGAAGCAGCUGCGGUGGUGUCCGCAGCCCCUGACGCCACUGAUGGAAGGACCGGACAUAGAAAUGCAAGAGGAAGGGAACAAGAAGGAGAGCUCCUGGGAAGUAAUCCGUGAAUGGUUCAGGGCACAAAAGGGUUUAUCCUCAGGAGCUAAUAAUAAUAACUUUUCAAUGUCUUGGUAUGGAAAUGCACCCGCCAAGGGACAAGAUUUAAGACUUCUGCUUGGUGUUCUCGGCUGCCCUCUAGCCCCGAUCCCCUUUGUUCACGACCCAAUUCAUCGGAUUCGCAUCAAAGAUCCUCUCGAAACUUCUACGGCACAUUACAUCAUACAACAAUAUUUGGCGGCAACCGGAUGUCUGAAACAGCAGAAAUGUGCAAAAAACAUGUACGCGGCAGGGGUGGUGAAGAUGAUCUGUUGUGAAACGGAGAUUUCGUCGGGGAAAAACGUGAAGACUAUAGGAACAAGGAGUGGAGAGAGCGGCUGUUUUGUUCUCUGGCAAAUGUUACCAUCAAUGUGGUCACUCGAACUCGUUGUAGGCGGAAACAAGGUCCUCGCCGGCAGCGACGGAAAGACGGUUUGGCGUCACACGCCAUGGCUCGGCACCACCGCGGCCAAAGGUCCUCAAAGACCUCUCCGCCGCAUAAUCCAGGGCCUAGACCCAAAGAUCACAGCCAGCCUAUUUGGAAAAGCCCAAUGCUUAGGCGAGAAACGGAUCGGCGACGACGAAUGCUUCGUACUGAAAGUCUGUGCCGACCGGGCCGCCGUGAUGGAGAGAAGCGAAGGCCCGGCGGAGAUAAUCCGUCACGUAUUAUACGGCUACUUCUGCCAGAAGAGCGGACUAUUAAUCUACGUCGAAGACUCCCACCUCACCAGAGUCCAAACCCCAGAAAACGACUCCAUCUACUGGGAAACCACCAUCGGAAGCAGCAUCGGAGACUACAGGGACGUGGACGGAGUCCUGAUUGCACAUCAAGGGAGGUCCAUAGCCACCGUGUUCCGGUUCGGAGAACUGUCGAUGCAGCAUAGCAGAACUAGGAUGGAAGAAAUGUGGAGGAUCGACGAUGUCGCUUUUAAUGUGCAGGGACUCUCCAUUGAUUCCUUCAUUCCGCCGGCAGAUAUCUUCAAUAACGUUAACCUACAUUCACCGUGAUUUUAUUUUGCUAACAUCAAAAUUGCCUAAUUUAGUUCUGUUACAAAUUGAAUUGAAUAUAUAUUUGUGGGUUUGGUGGUGUAGUUUUUUUCUUCUUCUUUUGGUGUAGUAUGUAGUUUAUUUCUUGUUAUAUUAAGCUAAGAAAUUGAAAAUUUAAAU